UGCAACUGCAAACACACUGUGCAAAAGAUCAUUUCAAAUUCAAGUGGGAGAAAUUCACAGCAGGAGAAAAAAAGAGGACCAUAAAAGCUAAAGAAGGGGAUUUGAGAUUUGUAAAGUGCUUGUAUUCAGCAGGAGGUUCUCCAGCUGGGAACUAAAAGGAAAAGAAGCAAGCGAGGAGGCAACUAAAAGGACGCAGGGCGAAGGAUAUUGCUCUUUUAUUGGAUUGCUUGGAUUUCUCGGUUUUCCUCCUCCUGGGCUGACAGCAGAGGAGGAGGCCAAGCCGCUGCCGCCGCAGGGAUGAAGUACAACUACCAUAUACCAGUGUCAACGUACACACGCAGCUCACAGUACACGCCAACAUAUCACACACCCACCUACUACACCCCCUCACAUUACACACCAACUACACCGCACUACACGUCCUCAUACACCUCCCCGACAAAGUACAGCUCAACACAGUACAGCUCGACACACUACACCCCGUCACAGUACACGUCCACUUACAAGGCGGCAUCGACCUACAUCCCCUCGUACAGCAAAGGGUCACGAUACAGUUCAACUCAGCGCACACAAGCGCAGGAGAAACCUGCACCUGUCAUACCUGUCGCACCUGCAAAGAGAACUGUGCACUUCCCCAAUGACAUCGUCUUCCAGGAUAUUGUGAGGCGAGGAGAUUUGGAGCAGAUUGGUCGGUUCAUGAGAGCGAGGAAGGUCCGUGUGGAUACGCUCUUCCACUCAGGUAUGGCAGCACUGCAUGAAGCCGUGCUAACAGGAAACAUGGAGGUGGUGAAGCUGCUGGUGAAAUACGGAGCUGAUGUUCACCAGAGAGACGAAGACGGCUGGACGCCACUUCACAUGGCCUGCAGUGACGGCUACCCAGAAAUUGCCAGGUAUCUGCUGUCGAUGGGAGCGAGCACAGAGGCCGAGAACGAAAGCGGAGAGAAGCCUGCAGACCUCAUCGACCCAGACUGCACAGAGCUGCUCAAACUGUUCGAGACGGGCUGCGUGUGAUCAGGCACUAAAUGUACCCAAAGAGAGAACAGACAGCUGAGCAGACACCGAUAAAACACAUUUAACAGCAUGAAACAGUGCAAUACCGAACAAACUUGUUACAGGGUAGAAGAACAUAGUUCGGGCCUGUUACUGAUCCUGUAAAGCAAGGCGGAGGUGCUGUUUGUUUCUCUUUUUUUAAAUUAUUAUAAUUACAGCUUCAAAGUAAUACUCCAUAAGGCUGUAUUUAUAUUUCUGUUUAUGUUAUUUUAUUUAACUUUCAUUUUUGCAUUUGUGUAUUUUUCAUACUGCCGGUGAGUAUGAAGCAAAUAUCUCCCUCUCUUCAUCUUU